AUGUACUCAGGCUUUGGAGGCGGAUACGAUCCCGCUAACCCCGAGCACCUAUACAACAUGGCCCGCCAUGGACGACGACCCAUCGUGCAGCGCUUCGACGAAUACUAUCGAUGCUAUCCUCUCGUUAUGGCCCCUGGUGCCGAACGACCAGAGCUCAAUUAUGGCUCCAAGAUCAUCCUACCACCAUCGGCCCUCGACAAAGUGUCCAAGCUUCAUGUGCAGUGGCCUCUGCUUAUGGAACUUAUCAACGGAGAGAAGGGACGUCACUCGCACGCUGGUGUGCUGGAGUUUAUCGCAGAGGAAGGACGAGCAUACAUUCCCCAAUGGAUGAUGGUGACCCUUGGAAUGGACGUUGGCGACAUGAUUCAGAUCCGUACUACAUCACUGGAGCUGGCCAAGAUGGUCAAGCUGCAGCCUCAGUCCGUCAACUUCCUUGAGAUUAGUGAUCCCAAGGCUGUUCUGGAAAAGGCAUUCCGCAACUUUGCCACACUGACCAAGGGCGAUGUGUUCAACUUUUCCUACAACGACGAAGUCUACGACGUGGCUGUUCUCGACGUGAAGCCUGAGACGGACAAGAUGGGAGUCAGUAUGAUUGAAACCGAUGUAUCGGUAGAGUUCGCCCCACCAGUCGGAUACGUCGAACCUGAACGUCAGAGCGGAACCAGCACCCCCAGGAGCACACGAGGCGGUGCCCCCGCUGGAGGCCUAUUGCACAACCAAGGAACCAUGGCCCAGUCCAUCAACUACAGCGCCAUUGCGCCUUCAGUAACAAGUAACGUGACCAAUUUCCUCGGAGAGGGCCAGAAACUCGUCAAGAAGAGCAGUAAAGCCUCAACACCCAAGCCAGCAACCCCAGUCCCUACAGUGGACAUUCCAGGCAUGCCCAAGAGGCGUGACGGUGCCCCUGCAGCUCUGCGCCUGGCUCCCAACAAACUUUUCUUUGGCUAUGAGAUCAAGCCUGUCAAGACAGAUGCCGACAAGGAAAAGGAGAAGGAAAGUGCCAAUAGGCCUCAUUUUGCUGGUCAGGGUCAGACACUCCGAGGUGCAGUUAAGAGAAAAGGCGAAGGAGAUGACAAGACCAAGGCCCCCGAGAAGAAGGGUACCAGCGAAGGAAACAGACUGGACGGUCGACGACCGAGAUGA